AUGUUCAAUAGAUUCGGAACAGUUGUCGAUGUCUACAUAGCAAAAAAACUGAACCGUCUCAGAAGAAAAUUUGGAUUCGUCCGAUUUAUACGGGUAUAUGACUGUGCUGCAUUCGAAAAACGUCUCAACGAGAUAUUCAUUGGAGCUCAGAAGCUGGAAGCAAAUGUCGCAAGAUACCAAAGGACUGACAACUUGAACCACGUCAAAAAUCACCAUCCCAUUAGCAGAAAACAACCAGACCGAGAUCCAGAGCCAACAAGGCACAUAAGAAGACAAGGUAGAUCGUUUGCUGAGGUGGUCAAGGGCGCAAAAACAAACGAGGACGUCGAAUCUGGGGAGACAAGCAAAACAGUGGAUGCAUCGGCCCCUAUGAGAAAAGAAAUAAAGAUGUUGUCCAACUCGGAGUCAAGAGUUGCCAUGCAGAAUACCUUGGUGGGGAAAGUUGAAAACUUCCAAGACCUAAUGAAUGUGAAAGCUUUCCAGGAGGUAGAAGGAUGCCCAUCAAUAAAUCUGCGAUACUUGGGGGGUCUAAAGAUGUUGCUUGAAUUCGGGAAUGAAGCGGAAAAAGAAGAGUUUUUGAAUAACGGGAAGGAGAUAUGGAAACCAUGGUUUAAAGAGGUCUGCAACUGGGACGCAGAAGAAAAUUUCAAUGAAAGAAUUGCAUCAAUAAUCAUUCAGGGGGUUCCUCAACAUGCAUGGUGUGAGGAAGCUUUCAGCAUUAUUGCUAAAACAUGGGGGGAGGUGGUAAUACCGGAAGAAUGUAAUAUAGACUCCCCAAAUCUGGCGUUUGGCAGAGUUGGCAUCCUCACAUCGCAUCCUGGAAUCAUCAGCACAGCCAUCAAAAUAUCAGUGGACGGAAGAAAUUAUACAAUUAAUAUUAUGGAGGAUAUUUUCGAAUCCCUGAAACUUAGUCCAGUUCUUGCGGUGAACGAUUUCUAUCAAAGGAUGUCCUGGUGGGAUGAAGACAGUAAAAGUGAAAACGGCAGCAUUAACAGUGAAGCUUCGAUCCAAUCCGAUGCAAGUCUCCAGUCCCCGCAAGUAUCACCGGCAAAAUCUCAGCAAGCAACGGAUGUUCCUCCGUCAUCGUCUGGGAAUGGGCGGAAUCAGAAUCAUAAUGGAGAAGUGGAAAAGUCGCGCAGCUUGCCGGCUGAUGAAAUCCCUAAAACCCGUAACCCGAUGGAAGAAAAUAAUGAAGAGGUAUCACCAUUCUACCCGGAUGUCGGUCAAGUAUCACCCGGAUCCGGUCCAACGAAUAUCCGACAUAACGGUCAGGCCCAAUCCCCUCCCUCCUAUAAUAUCUACCAGCCCACUUUCCCAUUGGACCUAAAUAGAGCCCCAUCUAAUUCAAUUCCAUCUGGAUCCAUCGAACUAAGCCAUGGUCGCAACCAGUCAAGAUUAACUCCCUCCCCAGAUAGAAAUUCCAAGGAAAUCCGCUCUCCCAACAAUGCGCAAUCAGUUCACGACUCCCCCCAGCAACCUGAAAGCUCACAGAAUCAGUCGGCCGAUUCGAAUGCCACCUCAAUGGAAGUGCUCAAGACCAUCAAUGUCGGAGAAUCAGUUGGUUUUCAUGUAAGUAACCACUCUGACCAGCUUAGACAGUUGAUUAAAACACGUGGAGUAACUAUCAUUGAUCAAUGA